GUACGAUUGGCCAGACCCGCCCAGAGUACACCCACCCCACAUGAACCAAAACCAGUUUGUCUUUCUCGUUUCCCUCGUUCUUCCCUUUUCCUUCCUCCUCGUCGUCUCUCGCGUCCUUAACGCCAGCUUCGACAAGGCCGGCUUUCAUUUCUCUGACCUCAUCCUCAUCGGCCUUCCCAAGGAUCCCAGCCAUCCAGAAAUGGGCUCGUACUCAUUUGCCGAUUUCAGAACCCAGUUGAGUGCUGUUGAUCUGCCGUUGCUGGGCACCGUCGACCUUCUGUCGUCUACCGCCCUCAUCACCGCUGCCGUCGUGUUUGGAGGCUUCAUGCUCAUGGCCCUCUUCCCCAAGGGGCGGUCGAAAGUACUCGACCCCGCCAGUUGGCAAGAGUUUCCUCUCGUAAAAAAGACCCAGGUGUCGCCCAAUACCGCAGUUUACCGAUUCAGCCUGCCGCACCCCAACGACAUUCUGGGUCUCCCUAUUGGCCAGCAUAUCUCCAUCUCUGCCGAGAUCAAUGGCAAGGAUAUUAUGCGGUCCUACACCCCCAUCUCGUCCGAUGAUGACCGUGGCCACUUUGAACUCCUCAUCAAGUCGUACGAAAAAGGCAACAUCUCUCGACAUUUCUCGACCCUCAGGAUUGGCGACACCAUUCGUGUCAAGGGUCCUAGGGGUCAGUUCACCUAUACUCCCGACCUCGUAGCUAACAUCGGCAUGAUCGCCGGCGGUACCGGCAUCACUCCCAUGAUCCAGAUCAUUCGUGCCGCCCUCAAGAACCCCACAGAUCGUACCGUCCUCUCGCUCAUUUACGCUAAUGUCAACCAUGAAGAUAUCCUCUGCAAGAAGGAGCUUGACGACCUCCAGGUCCAGUACGACCGUUCCCGCUUCAAAGUUUACUACGUUCUCAACAACCCCCCUGCUAAUUGGAAUGGUGGAGUUGGGUUUGUUACCAAGGACCAGAUUUCUGACCAUCUACCUGGUCCCGAGUUGCAUUCCAAGGUCCUCAUGUGUGGUCCACCUCCCAUGAUCACUGCUAUGAAGAAACACCUUGAUGAGCUUAAAUACCCCGCUCCUCGCACUGUCAGCAAGCUUGUCGAUCAGGUAUUUGUCUUUUAGACGUAGAAGUAACUGUUUUAUGUAGUCCCGGUCACGGUCAGCGUGUCAGGAUGCUUUGAAAUUGAUUAUCAAACGAUCACGACUGAGUAAUGAGAUCGUGACGCGCUACUAUUUAUUUAAUCCCCUCGAAUAUCGUUGUCAGACAUCAGCUUUUCCAUCCCUGAUCUUCUCUUCAAUGUCUCCUACAUUGUACACCUUUGGCGGAUCCGUCUGGUCUGCCGCUCCCGAGCU